UGCGGUGGUGAAUCCGCCCUGUCCAGCUACUGCUAAACCGUAGCACCGCCUCAUCUUCUCUGCGAGGCACAAUUUUAAUCAUAAACCUGAGCUCGCAAAUCCGUUUGUAGUUUUGUAAUGUGGGGCGUGCGUGCCACACAUACUACUAAUCCCUGGAUCCUCAGAGGAGGAGGACCAUGAUUUCUGGGACGGUGUUGCCAGGGGGAAGGUGGCGGCUGGGACCUGUUGGAAAUGACAGCUAAAGAAGGAGGAUUCAGGAAUCACAAUAACAGUAAACGUAGAAGAUAGCGAAGAAACUCCCUCGCAUCACUGUGUUAAAGGACUUCAUGAUUCACACAAAGCUGCUGAAAACAAGAGGAGCAUUAUACUGCGCUGACAUCAUAAAGGCCCAACAACAAAAAAGAUGGAGUCCCUGAUGAGUGCUGUGGCACCGCGCUCCCCAGCCCCCGUCAAGAAGUCAUCAGAGGUGGACUUCAGGUCAGGGGCUACCCUGGAUCAGCUGUCGUCACAAGUGUCUGAGCUAGUCAUACUGGAACAGGGGGAGUUUGGAGACCAGACGGCCUUAGAGGUCCACACUGCCAAGGAUUUUAUCUUCAACAUGCUAGGUCUUGUCCAGAAGGUUGACCAGCGCCUUCCAGUGGCCAACGAGUACCUCCUGCUGUCAGGUGGAGCCCGGGAAGGGGUCUUAGAUCUGAACCCUGAGGAUCUGGGCGACUAUGCCAGGGGGGCCGACUUUGACCUGGACUUCACCCUGCUGGUCCCGGCCCUGAAGCUCCACGACCGCAACCAGCCCGUCACCCUGGACAUGAGGCACUCCCCGCCAUGCCACUCCUGGCUCAGCCUUCGCCUCUGUGACUCCAACAUCUUGUCCCGCUGGAGCAUCUGCUGCCAGGAGGUGAACGGUCUUCACAAUGAGGAAGAGGAGGAGGAGGAAGAGGAAGGAAUUGGUAAAGGCGCCAUCCCCUCGCUGGGCUCUCCUCAGUCUUUGGAUGGCUGCUAUUUCUCUCCCACCUUGGUGACAGAUUGGUUCUGGGGGGUGGUCAGUGAGGCUGUGGAGGAGCUGAGACGGAGCCCGCAGAGAGGCAUCCCUAUUCCGGACCGACUGGAGAGGAAUGGACCCCUCACUACUAUCAUCCUCCAGGCGGGCUCCAGCAGGGUGCUGUACGACCUGCUGCCUGUGGUGUCAUUCCGGGGCUGGCCUGCUGUAGCUCAAGGCUGGCUGACCGCCAACCACUUCUGGGAUGGUAAAAUCACAGAGGAGGAGGCCAUAUCUGGCUUCUAUCUGCUGCCCUGCUGCUCCCCACUGGGUGGUCGGCCUGACAGAGAGUGGAGGCUGGCAUUCUCACGCAGUGAGGUUCAGUUAAAGAAGUGCAUCCCCUACCCCAUGGCUCAGGCUUUCCAAGCAGCCAAAGCUGUUUUAUCCCGUAUCCUGGCCAGACCACGCACAGGCCUCAGCCUCUAUCACCUUCGCACCCUUCUGUUCUGGGCCUGCGACAGACUCCCUGCCGCCUAUCUGUCCUGCCCAGACCCUGACACCCCUGGCCGCCUUCUUUUGGGUCUCCUGGAUGAUCUGGCUCACUGCAUUCUGGGUAAAAACUGCCCAAACUACUUCCUGCCCCAGUGCAACAUGUUGGAGCACCUGACAGACAGCCAGGCGUUGCUAGUCGCAAGGAAACUCGCCCACGUGCGCUCAGAUCCUAGCGAGCACCUGCGGGCGGCUCUGGACCAGGCGCAGCAGGCCGGCCAGCUGAAGAAGGAACUAACGGCUAGCACCAACGGCCACGGAUCCCCUGGGCACCACCCUGCUAACGGCAUCAUCUCUCCUUCAGAGGACAAGCUGGCGCAGCGGCUGCAGCAGCUGGUCACCGAGAACCCUGGGAAAUCCAUAUCUGUCUUCCUCAACCCAGAUGAUGUCACCAGGCCGCACUUCCGCAUCGACGAUAAGUUUUACUGAUGAAGACAUGCUGCUGAUAAGAUGUGUGGAAAUCUGUGUUUAGCUUACAAACACGCUCUGAGAUGCUUUAAGACAUCACGACAGAGACAGACAUGAGGCUGAGGAUUCUCUCCUAGACUGCACACUCCUUAAGGCUGAACAGUGCUACGAAGCCGUGCUGCUUGACCAACUUUCUAAACCAAAAACUCUCAUGUUCUACUACUGACAAAAGAAGUCCUAUUUGAGGGACAUAGCACAAAAGACAGUGAUGUCACCCAGCUGUUGCCGUGGAGAUGGCCCUCUCCUAACGAGCUGGCCUUAACGAGACUUAUCAGCUGGUGCUACAAAGACGAGGGCUGGCUUUAGUCAUGUGGAAUAAGUCCAGUGGAGAUCAAAACAAAAACGUGUGCGUGUGUAUAUGCUAGCUGAAGGGUUUCCACAAUACUUACACUCCUAAAGAGGCAGGGAGGAACGCUCCGUGAUUGCUGCGUUUCUCCCCAUUUUAUUUCAGAUCAGAGUGGGCGAUGGUGAAUUAGAAAGGAAAAACAAGGUGUGGCUGAUGUAACUGAAUGUAACGUUGUGAGGAGAACUGCCGAGUCUUUGAACAAAAAGAGUCUCUUUUCUCUGUCAACUGCAUCUUAGCCCCUUUUUUCUCACCCCACGCCUUGAUUUAUGGCAUGAUUUCAUUUUUUAAAAACGUCUUUCUCAGGUAUUCACAUUUCUUAUCUUUUUUUAAUUAAUGUAAUUCCUUUUUAAGGUCUUUAAUUACAUUUCAAUGCCGCUUACAUUUCAUUGGGUAAUGGGAUGUACCAAAGAGAGAACGGAACAAGCCCUAUAUAUUCCUUAACAUCAAAUGUAUCUGCAGAUUAACGGUCAGAAUGUUAAUUAACCUUCUCUCCUUCACAAGACCUGGUCACAUCCUCAUUUAAAGCAGCAGUUUUUACAAUUAAUCCCCAUGGAAUCAUCAUAAUAAGUGGAUUUGCUCAUAUGGUACUGAAGCUUGAAGGGAAGUAGAACCAUCGAGUCAAAAAUGAAGAAAGCCAUCAGCUUAGAGGCUGACUGUGUAGUUUUGUUUCACCUCCUCUGAGUUUAAAGCGCUUUAACAAACCAUGGAUUGCAGAAAGUUAUGAAACAUGAGUUAACAGUACAAUUAAAUCUCUUAAAAAUAGAUCCUGACCUUAUUAACUUACCCCCUUAGCGACUGAGCUAAUGAGUUUGCUAAUGCUUACGGACAAUUAGCAAAAAGUUAGCAAGCUGUUUUCCCCUCUCUUUAUCAGAACUUUUUUAAAGAACAAAAUGCUGCAGGUGGGGUAAAAGGCCUAUGGUGCAAACACUUUUUCUGCCUUCUAGAGUUGAGAGUAACUUGUACCUGGUCAGACUCUGCAGAAUCAAACCUACCUACCUAUUUUAUCAACGCUAGUUCAUGCUGUGAUGUUGACAAGUUGUCUGGAGAGAAAUCUAGCACCAUCCAGAGACAGUUUGUUGCUUUUACCACAUAAAGAGAUAGCCUGUUAGCUUGUGUACCUUCUUCAGUUGUCUUCAAACUGUUUUUGGAAGUACAGCGAAAUCCUGUUUACGAGACACUUUUGAUAUAAUCUAAGAACUUAGCUGCUUCCUGUAUGCCAGUGCAACCAGUAUAAAAAUGCACAUGCACCAUCAUUACGGUCCAGCUGAGACCAUCAUAGACUGCAUGCAAUUAUGCACCACAGAAAUACAUGCGUUUAAACCAAGACCAGACUGGCACUGCCACUUUUAAACAGCUUUUCUCCCUAAUUAGGUCAUAUCCCCCCGUUAAAGAAAAUAAUGGUGUAAUGAUGCAGUGUUAAUUUCAUCGACUAAAACUAUGACUAAAAACGUUUGUCAGCAGCCUUUUUUUCCACAAUAAAAAC